AUGGGCAAGCAAGUCGCUAAGGCCUCUACAUCAGGCGAAAAGCGCAAGGCCAAGCAUACCAGCAAGGCCGUUCCUAAAGAGGCAGAAGACGAGGACAUGCCAUCGUCCUCGCUUCCUGCACGUAAGCCGUUAGGCCAGGAGAACUCCGAUGACGAGUUAGAAGAUGAUGAAAUCAUGUCGUCUCUGCAGGCAGAAGCGUCUGGCGCAGACCAGGACGACGAUGCAUUGGUGAUCGAUCAAGAUAUGGCUGAGGACGAUACCAAUGCACCUACGCAGGGCAUGCAACUUGACCAGGAUGACAGCCUGCAAUUCAAGCCGAUCAGUGCCUCGGCGUUGGCGGCGGCGCAGAGUGGGGUUGACAACAAAGCCAAGUCACAGCUGCGCAAGAUUCCUGUACCGCCUCACCGUAUGAGUCCAUUGAAGCGUGACUGGCCCAAGAUCUAUACGCCACUGGUUGAACAAGCGGGUUUGAUGGUGCGCAUGAAUCCUCGUACUCGCUGUGUGGAAAUCAAAUCGUCAAAGCACACGGAAGACCUUGGUGUGCUGCAGAAAGCGAGCGAUUUCGUGAAGGCGUACACACUUGGAUUUGAUGCGGACGAUGCGCUUGCUCUGCUACGUCUUGAUGACUUGUACGUCGACUCGUUUGAGAUGAAGGAUGUGAAGACACUCCAUGGCGAUCAUCUGAGCCGUGCUAUCGGUCGUAUUGCAGGCAAAGACGGUCGUACCCGCUUUGCGAUUGAGAAUGCUAGCCGCACACGUAUUGUGCUGGCGGAUACCAAAAUUCAUAUCCUAGGUGCCUAUCAAAACAUCCGCAUUGCCAAGGACUCGAUUGUGGCUUUGAUUAUGGGCAGUCCGCCUGGCAAAGUCUAUGCUAAGCUGCGCACGAUUAGCGCGCGUAUGCGGCAGCGUGCAUAG